AACGCAGCUGCGACUUGCAAGCGUUUCGGCGACGGCGACGACGGCCGCGAUGAUAAUAAAUGUUUUCACAAUUGUAAUGAUAAUAAUAACAACGUAUAGUUUACAAUGCCGACGAGGCCGUUACUCGGUCGAACAACGACAAUAGUGUUAUGUAAAGUUACAAUAACGCGCGACGGACGGUCGAGUGGUUGUGCCGCCGCCUCUUUCGUAAAUCGUCUGUUGUCGUACAGUUAUUAGUUAUUACUUAUUAUAGGUAAUUGUCGUCAUCGUCGUCGUCGUCGUCGCAUUUAAUAACACAACAACGUUUCAUCAUCGUCACCGUUUCGCCUUUUUUUUUUAUAUAUAUAUGUAUAAUAUUCUCUGGUUGUUUUUUAUUCGAUUUCCCCUACUCUCGUCGUUUGCCGGCCGCCGAUCGGGUGAUGCGCUCGCGCGCUUGACUUGCCAUCAUUAUCUUUAGGCUCGACCCGCGCGUCGGCCUUUUAACCUCGAGAUUACGUCCAGACGUUGAUAGGGCCGAGACCAAUAGAGAUACGGUCGUCGUUGGACGGCUGGCGGCGCACACAAUGUGCAACCGACGCCUAGCCACCGUCCGCUGUCCGUGUGCCGACAGUGCUCCUUGAUUGUCGCCAAACGAUGCAGGUGCCUUCGUGCGGCGAUACUAUGACGUCAGAGUCGGCCGACAACGGUCUGUGUGACAAGUCCAUAACGCUCCGCAAGCACCGCAAAAAUGUAUUUAAUAAAUCAGCAUUGAGAAUGGUAGCUGCAGAAAUGACAAGUAAUCAAGAUAAAGAUGUCACUCAAGUGCAAUACAUAGAUAUCAGUCCUGAUUUUUUAACAACUGGCCGAACUGGAAGAAGGAACGCAUUGCCAGAUAUACUAGGUGAACACAAACUAACGUCCACAGCUGAUUUGCCUGACCGAUUACAAGCACUUACAACAAAUGAAGGAGCUGGGACGAGUAAUAUCCAGCCAUCAACUAGUAGUGAUUCAGACAUGAUAAAAACACAAAAUGCAACGUGUUAAAUGACUGAAUGAAAUGUAAAAUUAUAAUCAACUACUACUUUAUGUUCCGAAGGUAAAAUGAAACAAACUAAACACACCUAGAUUGGCUAGAUGUUAUAGCCUUAAUUAUUUUUGAGUUGAACAGAAAGCUACCUAAUAGUUUUAAUAUACUCCUAGUCUCCUAAUAAUCAGACCAAAGCAUAAAAGUACUUUUAUUUUAUUUUUUUCAUUUAUUUAUUUAGUUCUGUAACUUUUUUUUUAAUCGAAAGGUUUUGUUCCUCUAUUCAAUUGACUGUAUGUAAAUUUUUUAAAAAAAAUUGUGUAAAUCUUUUUUUUUGAAAAACAAUUAUCGUAGUAAAUAUUUAAUUCCUAAUUUAUAGAAAAAUUAUAUUUUGUCCUAAACCAUGUCCUAAACUUAAAUUAUUGGAUUAUAUAUGUUGAAAUAAAGUGUUUAAAAAAUAAUAAUAAUCAAAUUAACUGCUUUUAAUCAAGUAUUAUAUGAGUAUAGAUUUUGUUUGUAAAAGACUAAAAGAAUAAUAUAAUAAUAUAUUCAAGAUAACUUAAAAUUAAUCAAUUGAUAUAUGUUUACUGCUACUUCUAAGCAUAAUUCACAGCUUUAAAAACAUAAAUAAUCUUUAAUAAUAACCAAUAAAAAAAUGUAUAGUUAAAUAGCAGACAAUAAAACAUUUAGUAUAAUGUAAAAAAAAAAAAAAGUAGAAGAGUUUAGUGUUGAUAAUAAUUACACACGGUCAGGUUGUGAUAUUUUUAAUGUUUUUCCUACUCAAUAUUUUUCUCAUUUAAUCAUAUUUUAUUUUUAUUUAUUUUUUUUUAUAAAUUUCACUUAUAAAUAUACCAUUUUUUUUCAAAGCUAUUUAUAUUAUAUCAAAAAUUAAUUAAGCUUACAAAAAUUAGUGAUGACUAAACCUGGGUAAUAUAAUGUAUGAAAUCUCAAGUAAUUUAAAUUACUUAACUGCUAUGAAUAAAUAAAUACAAGAUUAUUUUGGUGUUCAUAUUAUUACAUUGCAAAGAUAUAAUUUAGAGAAUGUGUGAAGUAUUACUUAAUAAUGUAUUUUAGAAGAAUGACUGAACAUAAUUUUAAAACAGAUGUUUCAAAAAAUACCUAACUACUUUUAAAAGUUUAGUGUCAUUAUUAGUUCCUGUUUUUUUGUUAAUUUUUACAUUAAAAAUAUUGAAAUAUUGUAAAAUAUAUUUAUAUAUGUAGGUGAUCAUUUCCUUGGAAAUAUUUUUAUUUUCAAACAAAUAUUUUUCAAUUUGUGUUUCUGUUGAAAUAACAAUUUCCUACCAAUAUUGGUCCAAAACAUAUGUGUCUUAUAGUAUAUUUUUUAUACGGGAAUAAAUACUUUACAUUUUAACGAUUAAUACUAACUAUGAUAAAUUUAAUACAAAGUUGAUGAAUAGGCAUAGAAAUUGUUUUGCCAAACAUUCCAAUAAAAUCAAUUUAAUAAGAAAUAUGAUUCUUAGGAAUUGUAAAAAAAUUAAUGCUGAACUACAAUAUUACUUAAUGACUUUGAAACCAAUGGUGUAUGUAUUAGUUUAUAUUUAAAUGUGAGGUUAACAACCAACCUUCAUUACUAAUUUUUGUUUUAAUUGUACUUAACAAUAUUCUGUAAUAUGAAUACAAAGAAAACAUAUUAUUUCUAGUAAUAAUGAAAAAACUACCGUGAAACACACUUAAAUGUAUUUUUUUUUUUUUUGUUCCUAUCAACUUAUUUAAAUUGUAAUUAUUUAGAAUAAUAAUUUAAAAAACAGUUACAUUUUCUGAAAUAUUAAGAAUUGUAUUUUUUUCAACAAAUUAUUUUAAUAAGUUUAUCUAGAGUAAGCUAAGCUUGUAUUAUAUUUUUUUGAUAAAAUUGAUCAAGGCGAUGUUGUUGUUAAAAAAAGUGAAUUUACUCUGAAAAUUAUUUAUAUUUAUAUAUCAAUAAUGGCAUCAUUAAACAAAAUUGUUGUUAAUAUAAAGACAUGGUUUGUGGUUAGUUAGUUUUUAAUAUGACCAAUAUGUUAGAAUAACAGAAAAUAAUUUGCUGGAUGUCACAAAUAGUAUAGGCAAUUCAUUAAUUUAAAUCACUUAAACUAAAAUAGGGUAUUUAUACUUUAUACCUUUUAACAAAAAUUAUUAUUUUUAACAAAAACCAUAUGGGAUAUUAUAAUUUUUUACUUUAAUCUUAUUCAUUUAUAGAUGAAUCUCUUUCAAUUGUUUGUUGAAAUAUUUAAUUUUUCCAUACUCCUUAAUACUAUUUCUUUAUUUUAAAUGUUUAUAAAAAAUCCUAAAUACUCUAGUCUGGAAUAUAUUAUUAAAAAUAAACGUACAUAUUAUUUCCUUAUGAGCUAGUCAAACUAUUUGUUGUAUGUAGGCUUUCACUAAUGUCAAAUUGUAGUUUUCUACAAGAUUUGUAAUUGUUACAUGGAUCCAAUUUUCAAUCCAAAACAUAGGUAGCUAUAUCGAUUAUCUAAAUUAAUUAUUAUUGUUCUUUCAUUAUUAUUUUUCCUAAAUUGAAACUUAUCUCUAUUGAAUAACAUUAAUAAUUAAAAUAAGCCAUUUAUCUUACUUAACCGUACUGUUUUUAGAAUAAAUACCUUAUGAUAUUUUAUUUUAUACAUUGAACAUCCACUAUUAUAUAAUAUUGCUAAUUCACUUUCUAAAAUUAGAUUUACUAAUUAUUUAGCACACAAACGCACUCUAACUUUACAGACUGUGUUAUUAAUUGUGUAUUUAGCGUAGUGCAAUAUUGAGUUUUGUUAAUAUUUAUUCUACCUACUGUAUAUCUAAGUCAAUUUUUUGUACGAAAUUGUGAUUUUAGGUAGAGAUGGUUUUAAUAUAUUUGUACGUGAAAAACAACAUUAAUUAAAUAAAAUGUAAACAUAUUGA